AUUUUAAAGUGACAUCUUACGAUCAGCUAUGACAAUUCGUCUACCUGUGUGGUCGAUGUCAUCUUAAUUUCCUCGUGAAUGGAACUGAAGCUUUGUGUUGUUUCCGUUCAAUUUUUCUCUGUUCCAGUCGUAGUAAAGUCAUUUGUACAGUUUACUUUGGUUUUACAGACGUAAAGGACCAGAGUCCUGUAGUGUUCAGUUUUCUUUUGACGCUCGUGUAAAUCAUUUGUACCUCGGCCGUUUGGAGCAGUUUCGAUAUCAACAUCUGUCUCUCUGAACGUCCUCUGCUUUGAGCGAAUACAACAUAUCUCGAUUAUCUGAUUAAAAUAUUUAAGUGACUCAAUGAUAAUUAUCUGUUAACGACCGCAAGAACUUAAUUGCAAGCAAUUUUGUUCUGAAGGAAAAACAAGGUGUUCCAAAGGUAUUUUUCUUAAAAAAAAAAAAACCUGCUUCUGCCAGACGUGACGAGACUAAUAGAGGGAGAACAACAAUUGUAAUUUGGAAGACCUCAACGUUAGCCACGAAAGCUGAAACAAAAACAUCGAGUCAUUAGCAGUAAAUUAAGCCAUUUAUAAGUUCGAGAAGAACUUCGUAAUAAGCAAGUAUUUAUCAAACAAAAUCCACACGAAACACAAAUAGUCACAUAACAGGGGGCGCCCUGAGUUCAUGAUGUCCCGUUGAAAAACCAUGAUGAUGGCGAUAGUUACACUACAAACUAAAUAUGAUUAGCGUUCAUUUAUUUUAAAUAUUGCCAAACUAAACUGAUAGUUUUUAGGACAGAUCUGUCGUUUUUUCUUGGGUGGUACGCUUGACGUAGAAACAGUGAAAUUUUCGUCAGAUAUUUUUGAUGACUGACUAUCGCAUGUCUUCUUAAUUGCCUGUGGUUUCAAUGUUGUGAAGAUUAAAUACAAAUCUUUCAACUUCGCUUGAAAAACAAGGCGGUACCACACUCGAUGAGUAUCUCACUUUUUUCUUCAUCAUUUUAAUUUCAAGCCCCAAAUGGGAAAAACAACGAAAGCGUUCUUGAACAAGUAUUACUGCAAGACACACUCUGUUUACAAAGGCUCCUAAGUGGCUUUACAAUUUUGAAAGUCCAUAGUACAAUGGAACAGUUGGCUUUAGAAGCGAUGCGGCAAGAUUUAGCGGGAGACAAUUUAUACUUCAACUCUGCGGGAACGCAAAAACGCCGCUCAGCAUUGAAUUAUGACAACUGCUGGUUGCUUUUUUUUUCAACUGAAACCUCCUGGAUUCACUCCGUGAAAAUGUGACUCCAGAUUAUCUCAACCUCGACGCAAUUAGCUCGAACUGAAAUAAAUUACUUUUAUGAUUGAAAAGGAUUACACCAGUGGUGUAGCGGUUGUUCUCUCUAUCUGUGUGAUCAGAGGCGUGAGGCAUUUAUCAACGGCUUUGACAGCUCUGAAAAGAACUUAAUUAAUAAGGAAAUAAUUUCUCAGCGGGACAAUGCGACAAUGACUUUUCCUGUGGUAAAAUGGAAGCACACGGUAUUUUCAUUUCCACUGUGCACACUCUCAGCUUGAAAUUUUACUUUAAUAAUGUUUGAAAUUAUUUUCAGUGGUGUUUUGUAGCUCGCGGUAUGGGUUCAUAACAGGACAAAUAAAUGAAUGGUAGGGGGUGAAAGUUUAGCUUUAUAAACUGUCACUAAUAACGCAAAUAAUAAAGUUGAUUAAUCAGUGAUGAGCUUUUAAUUAACAAUCCUUAAGAACUAAUAUCAUUGUUUUGCUUGUGUGUUUUAUUAACCGUGUCAAAAUCCACUGGCUGUAUAUCUACACAGCGCGUCUGAGAAGUCUUGUGAGGCGAGGAUCUAGUGAACAUUUCGCCCAGUCUAAAGUGAGCUGUAAUCAGUGUUAUUGAGAGCAAGAAUGCAACAAUUAAUUGCAUAAGUGGGUAUUGAUAUUCCAUGGAUGGUCUUACUGCUUUUGUGUCCCGGUUCGACAAGGUAAAGCCACAAGAUUCAUCAGCCACACAAGUUGAUGGUGGCCGAGAGCAGGACAAUGCUUCAUCUUCUUCGAGCUUGGUGACUCUUCCAUUCAGCAUUGCGGAAAUUUUGAGCGAUAAACGAAAUGAGCCAAGGAAAAAGGAAACCGAAGACAUCAGUAUUGAAAUGAGACGGUAUGCUGUGCAAGGUUUUGACGAAUCACCCAGACGAACAAACCGGUGCAAACCUCCGCGAAACAGGAAAAAUUUUACGAGAGAACAAUUGCGAGAACUGGAGAAACUGUUUGAUCAGACACAUUACCCAGAUGCCUUGACGCGGGAGACACUGGCGAAGAGGAUGGGCCUAUCAGAAGCUAGAGUUCAGAUCUGGUUUCAAAACCGUCGUGCUAAAAGUCGUCGGCAGGAAGGACCGAGUCAGAGGGGCUUCGUUGUCCCGGCAACCCCGACAUACAAACCACCAAAUCACGUAACUCAGCUACGCCAAGAAACAUCUAUCACACCAUUUACCCAUGGUGCUUAUAGAACUGGGUGUGUUGAGCAUCUGUGCAUGUGUAACCACGCCAGUUUUGUUACCAGUGUCAGUCAGGUUGAUUAUAAUCGUCAGUUUAAUCAACAAACAAGCAUCGAGGAUCUGAGACGUAAAGCUCGGUACCACAACUGGGGGGGGCAUAACGUACAUUGAGCCCGCGUUUUCAUCUCCUUGGAUCA